UUCGAGAGUGAAGUUCUGGUUGUAACGCUACCGUUAUUGAUAAGAUUCCCGUCGCCUGCCUGGUGGAACUGCCCCCGGAGAGUGUAUCUCAGUAUCAGCUCAAAGAUGCAGCCUUAUCACCAAACCAUUGGCAAUCGGCAAUCUGGUCGGUUUCGUUUCAUAACAUUGCCUUCCCAGCACUAUCAUCAUGGUCACUCUGGAUGGACGGGCGUGUUGUUGAUUUCCCUAAACUAAAUCCCAACGCUAGUUUGUCGAGUGAUUUCCGCUGAAGCACAGCACAUUGAUUUGUUAUCCGCAUCGCAGUGAACAGUAAUGAGUAAAUUGUUAAAAUUGGGUUUUCUUGGAGGUGGCAAAAUGGCCCAAGCAAUGGCAAAUGGAUUUAUUUCUGCUGGACUUACACGAGGAGAUAGCAUGACGGCAAGUUUCCAUCCAGCGGAUCAUGCUAACAUUGACGCGUUCAAAGGAUUCGGUGCCAAGACGUACGUCGAGAAUUUGCCGGUGGUGAGCGGUUCCGAGAUCAUCUUCAUUUCCGUCAAGCCCACAGUCGUCUCGAGCGUUUUGGAAGCCGUCCGACCCGCUAGUGCCGGUAAACUAUUCAUAUCGAUCGCGAUGGGCGUAACGCUGCGCGAGCUAGAAAAUUCGCUAGAGUCUACGGCUCGCGUAAUACGAGUGAUGCCAAAUACGCCCGCAUUGGUAAGGGCCGGUGCCUCCGUGUACGUCCGUGGAUCUGCUGCUACCGAUGACGAUUGCAAGGUGACGCAAGCACUCUUUCAAGCCGUGGGAACGUGCGAAGAAGUCCCGGAAACAAUGAUGGAUCCUAUCACGGCCCUGUCCGGCAGUGGACCGGCCUAUGUGUUCGUGAUGAUUGAGGCACUGGCUGACGGAGCGGUACGGAUGGGAUUGCCGCGGGAUUUAGCCUACCGAUUGGCAUCGCAGACGGUGCUCGGUUCUGGGAAGCUGGUGCGUGAAACUGGACGCCAUCCGGGACAGCUGAAGGAUGACGUUACGAGCCCGGCCGGUUCGACGGCUGCUGGUCUGUCCCAUCUGGAGCAAAGCGCCUUCCGACACGCUGUCAGCGGUGCCGUAGAAUCGGCCACUGUUCGCUGCCGUCAAAUUUCUAGCAAGUGACAUCAACAGCAUCAAUCAUCACCGUUUAUAUCCUUUGCUCUCGAUUGCGCAAUCAAGCGGGAGAGGAAACGUAAAGUGAUCCUUUAAAUACUUACUUAGUAGUUAUGUUUUGUUGUACAUUAAAAGCAAUCGCAUCUAAA